UACGGCUUCCUACUCCCUGCACGAAACCGCGUGUGGUCACUGUGCUGCUGGAAAAAGUGCAUCAUCUUAUCAUAUUGAGUUCAAAUCAGUGCGUACGUUUUACUUGCGGUAUUAUCCGAUUUUGCCCUCGCUGUCUGCAUUGUAGGCCUUCGCAAGCCGGUCCUCAUCUUUUCGUUGUUCUUACCUUUUCUUCAUUGCUGUCAAGAUGGUUAGAAAAGUUGUGGGUGUGCCUUCGGGUCUUAAAACAGCUGAUUCAGUUUACCUAUGCGGCUUAGAGAGAUGCUGUAUACCUGUAACCGACUUGUCGGGUGGUAUGCAAUGCGAUCUUUGCGGUAGAUGGUUCCAUGAGGCAUGCACCGGUUUGCCUGCUGAUCAGUAUGCUCUCCUGGCAAGCAAUGAGAGGUUCCUUUAUAGCUGUGAAGAUUGUUUUAAGCUGAAAGCUGAGCGCUUUGUAACCACGAAAGACUGCUUCGAUUCGCUCGUUUCCAGACUGACAAAUAUGGAACGAGUGUUUUCUUUGCUGCUGACAACUUUGGAUGGGAAAGUUGAAGGUUUACUAGAUCGUCUGACACCAUCCGUUGUUCACGCCCAGGUGAAAUUAGCGGACAGUAACACGCAAACGGAUUCAGUCGACUUAACACCCUAUCCAGCAACUGAUUGUGAGCUAGUUGGCGCUGAACAGUUGGAAAGAACCUUGCCAGCGAAACGUAAGCCGAGCAAGAAGAAGAAAACUGUAAACUUGCAAAAUGCGGUAGUCUCGGAGUGUACAGUGGAUCAGGUAAGCACGUCACUUGCAGAGCCUUCAGUACUGAGUCCUUCGGUGUCUCCUCCCAAAGACUCUUCGUACGCAGCUAGUGCAUCCAAGCAACCAGCCACCCAGUCGCAUGAUUCUAUGACUGUGGCGCGUGGAGUAGGCACCCCCCGCCGCAGUGACUCCUACACUGAUAGCAGUGUCAUCUUUAGGAAUGUCACGGAGUCCACCGCAGCUCUUCCAAAGGAGCGAAUGCUUGCUGACCUGCAAUGGUUUAAGAUUUGCAUUUCUAAACUGCUACCGCCCGGGUUUCCUGGCGUAACUGUACGGAAACUCAUUAGGCUUGGGUCUGUGCCGGUCGAUGCUUCGGGCGUCAAACCCCGUUUACUGAGAGUGGUUCUUUCAACACCGGACGAGCGUAAUACGCUUCUGCGUUUCGCUUUUAAACUCAAGGGUUCUGGGGUCAGUAUGCAACCUGACCUCCCAUUGACUGAUAGGUUGAAAUUGAAGGCCGCCAUAAAGGACCUCAAAGCCCGUCGCGAGGCGGGUGAAACUGGUCUUCGAUUGGUGGGUUUUCGGGUGGUGAGCCGGAGGUCUACUUCCGCCCUUUCAGAGCCCGUUCUGGUGGCACCCGAUCCCCGGCUCACGAUCCCAAUUUGCUUAAAGUAGUCCUCAGCAACGUGC